CACUCAGACGCCUCAGCUCUCCAGCCUUCAUCUCCCUCUUACUGAAUUACACAAAUGCAGCAAUGAUUACAGAGAGAGGGGUGUGUGUAGAGUUAGUGUAGAGUUUGUAAAGGGUGUGUAUCGGAUGGUCGUGGUCUGAGGAUAUCAGUGUAUCUGCAGUGCUCUUUGCUCCGUCGCUCCAGAACCGCAGGUGAGGAGCUCGUGCUGACGGUGAUGAGGAGAUUCUUCAGCUCUGGUAGAGAUGAAGAUUACAGCCAGAUCCAGUACCUCACCGCCAAGUGUACCCGCCUCACCCACGAGAACGCAGUGUUGGAGAGAGAGUGUUUGUCCUCUCGGGAGAGAGAGAGGGCGCUGCAGGUAGAGCUGGAGUCUCUCUCGGUGCAGCUCUGUCAGAAAGAGCACACCUGCCAAGACCUGCGCCUCCACCACAACCAGCUCCUCGACACACUCAAACAACAGCGGGAGCGGGUCCAGUUCCUGGAGCAGAGGGUGGUCUCUGUGGCGGAGGAGGGGGCGAGGGAGGCGGCGCUGUUGAGUUUUCAGUUGGAGCAGGUGGGCUGUGAACUCCAGCAGCUCCAGAGCUCAGAGUUACAGCUGCAGGGCCUGGUGGACGAGCUGCACCAGGAGGCCGAUGAUGAAGUCAAAAAGGCAGAGGACCUGCAGACGGAGCUCCGUGAGGAGGCCCAACUCAGUGCUAAGCAGAAAGAAGACAUGAAGAGGAAGCUGGCCAGAAAGUCUCAGGAAGUGGAGGAGCUGCAGGAGGCUAAUCAUGCUCUGCAGGAGGAGCUGAGCGAGCAGCACAGCGCCCACCGGAGGACGGUAGAGGAACUGCAGCAGGAGAACUCGGGCAGCGUGCAGAAACUCAGAGAGAUGGCGGAGCAGUUCGAGUGGCUCUGUGAUCAACAGAGAAACUGGAUGUGCUGCAUCAAACGUUUUAAGGACUGUCUGUCUGAUGAGAAGGAGGCCCUGGUUCUGCAGGUGAAAAGGUUACAGGAGGAAUUGGCGGAUCUGAAGAAGAACUCUGACUCUGAGGACACAAGUCCAGAAGACCCGGCCACUCACUGCAACAGGUGGGAUGUGGAGGUGAUGGGGGAUCUGCAGGUGGAGGCUGACAGAUGGAGAACAAGAUACUCUGACCUCUUCAGCAAACUCACUACACAACCGGGUUCUCAGGGGAAGUGGAAUGAAGAUGGACAUUUAAAGCCUCCAUGAAAUCAUCCCUCCCUCUCUCUCUCUCUCUCUCUCUCUCUCUCUCUCUCUCUCUCUCUCUCUCUCUCUCUCUCUCUCUCUCUCUGUAUUUCUCAUCCUGUCUUUGAUGAAGAAGCUUCACACGAAAUUAAAGCAUAUCUGUACACUAAGUUGUGACACAAUGUGAGAAUAAAAUCUGUAUAUCGUAAAUCAUUCCA